UUCAGUUUCGCUUUCAGUUGCUGCUCGCCGCUUGCCGCCGAUUGGUGUUGCUUCUAGUUGAAAUCGCGUCGUGUUGCCAUUGCCGUUGCAUCGUGCCUCUCCAGCCGCCGACGCGAGGAUAAUUCCCAGCCAUACAAUAGCCAUAAUAAAGCCCUUGGGUAUGCGGUCAAGUGCAGUGUAUUGAGUGUUCAGUGUUUCCCCCCAAUUGUGCGACAUGGACCCCGAACAGGAGGCCAACAACCAUCGAGGAUCGGUCUCCUCCAGUCGAUCCCUUGAGAUACCCGCCACGCCGUCGCGUUCUCCCAAAAAAGUGUCCUUCUCGGACGACCUGCCCCAGUCGCAGACCCCCGUCGAGAAACCCAUCCAGCCGCAGCAACAGGAAGCCGCAGGUGCCACAGGUGUGAGUCACGUGCUCCAGCAGGCGGCCCAGUAUCUGGAGCGAUUGCAUGGCUCACGCGACGAUCCCGUCGAGCCGGAAGUGCCCGUAUCCGAGGCCGACAAAGUAAGCAAUGCCAGUGAAGCUGCUGUCCUUCAUUUGGAUGCAGUGGAUCCUCCAGCGGAUGAGCCGGCGGCUCUGCUGGCCAGCUCGCCGAGCAUUCUGGUUGCCAGCGUCGGCCAGCAGGAAGCAAACGGAAAUCGAAAUGGAAGCUCGACGGGAAAUACAAAUGGGAAUCCAAAUCAGCGGCAAUCAAAUUCGUACAUGGAACGAUACAACCUCAAUUUAGAUAAGAACUGCAGCUCCAUGGAGCUGGAGGCGCGUCGGGAGAAGCAGCGCUGGCUCCUCAUAUCCGAGUGCAGUGCACUUUUCGACGAGGGCGAGGGCAAGCACACGAGGGAGGCUUUUCGCAAACUUUUCCUGGACGAGGAAUUCCAGCAGAAGCUCUUCCAGCUGUUCGAUCUCGAGCGGAAUGGCUAUCUCCUGCAAGAUCGUUGGAUCGAGCACCUCAAGGGUCGUCUAACCGACGAUCGUCAGAUGGACUUUGCGGAGCAAAUAGAGUCUGUCGCCUAUGUGAUCUGCGGCGAAAAUAGUCGCGUGACCUUCAAGAAUUUCCGUGAUAUUUGGCACACGAGAGGGAUCCUCGACAAAUUGUACCGUCUGAUAGAGAUAGAUGGAAGCAAUUUGGUGUCCACCAACCAGGUGAUGGAGUUCAUCUCCCACUUGACCAACUCACGGCCAAGGACAGGCUUUGACAAGAGCUCGCUGGCCAGAUUGGAGCAACUGUUCCGCACUACUGUGGGCAAUGAGCAGGAAAUCCGUAGAGAGGAGUUCCAGAAGAUUGUCACUUCCAAAAAUCCUUUCUUCACUGAGCGGGUCUUUCAAAUCUUCGACAAGGACAACUCAGGCUCCAUAUCCUUGCAGGAGUUCAUUGAUGCCAUACAUCAGUUUUCAGGCCAGUCGGCCGACGACAAGAUUCGUUUUCUCUUCAAGGUCUACGAUAUAGAUGGGGAUGGACUCAUCCAACACAAGGAGCUCCACGACGUGAUAAGACACUGCAUCAAGGAGAACGGCAUGGAGUUUUCAGAGGAUCAGAUCGAAGACCUAACCAGCGCCAUGUUCGAAGAUGCCGAUCCUCACAACAGUGGCGAGAUCACCUACGAGGCGUUGAAAAACCAGCUCCACAAACACGGCGGCCUCCUGGAGAACCUCAGCAUCACCAUCGAUCGCUGGCUGGUGCCCAUUGCCGAGGACCGACAGCCGGGUGGAGCGGCCAAGAGCGGAAUAUGGGGCUCCCUGCCCCACCAGUUUUCGUUGGCUUACAUGAAGAACAACCAGGUCUUUGUCACGUAUUUGUUCUUCUACAUAGCCGUCAACCUCUGCCUCUUCAUCUCCCGCGCUAUUCAGUACCGUGCCAGCAAUGGAUUCGUCAUCAUAGCCAGAGCAUGCGGACAAUGCCUUAACUUCAACUGCGCCUGGGUUCUGGUUCUGAUGCUCCGGCACACCCUGACCUACCUGAGGGGACGUGGUCUGUCCACUUACUUGCCACUGGAUCACCACGUUUACCUCCACAAGCUGACCGGCAUUACGAUAUCCGUGCUGAGCCUGGUCCACACGGUGAUGCACUUGUUCAACUUCUCCAUCAUUGUGAUCAACGAUCCGAACAUAAACGCGGGACAUUACACCAUCGGCGAGUGGCUGCUCACAGAUCGUCCGGGGCUCUUUGGCCUGAUUCCAGGAUGUGCUAAUCCCACGGGAGUUGCCCUGCUGACGAUUCUGAUUAUUAUGUUUGUGUGCUCCCAGCCCUUUGUCCGGCGGAAGGGCAGCUUUGAGGUCUUCUAUUGGACCCAUUUGCUCUACGUGCCCUUUUGGAUAUUGUGCCUCUUCCAUGGACCCAACUUCUGGAAGUGGUUCCUGCUCCCCGGAUUGGUCUACAUCGUGGAACGAGCUCUGCGCUAUAUUUGGAUGAGGGGCGACCAUGGGAAGACCUACAUCAGUUCCGGAUUGCUGCUGCCCUCCAAGGUGGUGCAUCUGGUAAUCAAGCGGCCGUAUCAUUUUCAUUUUCGUCCGGGUGAUUAUGUGUUUGUAAAUAUCCCGGCGAUUGCCAACUACGAGUGGCAUCCGUUCACCAUCAGCUCGGCCCCAGAGCAGGAGGACUACAUGUGGUUGCACAUACGUACAGUCGGGGAGUGGACGAAUCGCCUGUAUCGCUAUUUUGAGCGGGAGCAGCAAAAGUUGCAACAGAGUGGCUCUCAGCCGGACGUGCCCCAGCACAUGCACGCCAUUCCCACGCCCAGCUUCAUGCUCCUGAACGAGUCCCGUAAUCCAGUCAUGGCCGGAGAUCGUUCUUCAACACCACAAACCGACUUCCUGGCGAAGAAUCUAGCCGUUCAGGCUGUGCCACCAGUACGUCCCCCUCGUCAGAAUCGCAAGGUUACGGCAAGCCCUGCUCCUGAAGGUCCAGCCAGUGGGGUUAACCGCAUCCGCAGUAUCAAGAAAACCCUACAACGAACAUUCUCCCGGAAGGACCCACCGGAGCCCAAGAAGGGAAUCGCCAAUGGGGCUUUUGUGGGCGAAGGAGAUCGGGAGGACUCUAACCUCAAGCAGAGGCCUCUGGAAAAGAGCAUCUCUCUGCCGGACAUCAGCGUGAAAACCAAAAAGCGGAGUCGUCUAAAGGCUCUUCGUGCUCUGGGUCGCUCCGAGUCCGAGUCCGCCUUCGAUGACAAGAGGGUACGUCGUGGCCGGAACAACAGUGUGGGAUUGGCCUACCUCAGUCCGCAGAACAAGUCGCUGGCCCAGAGCUUCCGCUACAUGCGAACCAAGCCCACAAUCAUCGCCUUCAAGACACCGAGCAUGGAGGAGCGGGAGAAUCAGCUGCAACCGAGUGAAGCCAAUGGCGCAAGUCCUGCCAGUAGAGCAGAACAGGGUCAGCUGGGCUCCAAUAUGGAGACGGGAGACAAGCUGCAAGUGGCCAGGCUGAGUCUCUCCGCCGAAGUGGCCUCCAAGCCGUUGGAGGAUCAGGUACAGGCAGGAUCGGGCAGUAGAAAAUCUAUUCUGCGGCGACCCACUUUCCUGCGCUCUCUGUCCAGCAGAACAGGAGUGGGAGGAGGAGGAGGCGGUGGUGGCGGAUCCACUGGUAGCUCCACAACUAACAGCGGUGGCAAGGUCACACUUGAUGCGGGUGUCAUGGAGAUCUUCAUCGAUGGUCCGUAUGGAGCUCCUUCGAGCCAUAUCUUCGGGGCCCAGCAUGCUGUGCUCAUUGGCACGGGCAUUGGAGUCACUCCCUUCGCCUCCAUUCUGCAGUCCAUCAUGCACCGCUACUGGAAGGCGCGGCAUAGCUGCCCCAGGUGCCAGUUCGAGUGGGCCAGCGAGAUUCCCAAGUCUGUGAUGAACCUGCGCAAGGUGGACUUUUUUUGGAUCAACCGCGAUCAGCGCUCCUUCGAGUGGUUCGUUAAUCUGUUGUCCCAAUUGGAGAUCGAGCAGGCGGAACUUGGCGGGGCCAUGGAGCGCUUCCUGGACAUGCACAUGUACAUUACGAGCGCCCUGCAAAGAACCGACAUGAAGGCUGUGGGUCUACAGCUGGCACUGGAUCUGCUCCAUGAGAAGGGCAAACGGGAUCUGAUUACGGGUCUAAAAACCCGCACCAAUGCCGGAAGACCCAACUGGGACAAGGUUUUCAAGCAACUGCAGGCCCAACAGAAGGGCAAGGUUACCGUCUUCUACUGCGGUCCUCCACAACUGGCCAAGACCCUGCGUUACAAGUGCGACCAGUACGGAUUCGCCUUUCGUAAGGAGUGCUUCUGAUCAAACUCCAUCCCCACCAACUCAAACUCCCAAUCCCCAUCCAUCCUACUCCACUCCAGCUCUUUGUCAGUCUCGUUCAUCUUGUUCUCAUUUGCAUAAGCAACGGGUUUCUUUCGGGUUCGUUUCAAUUCAGUCCGUUUCGGUUUAGCUUAGCUUAUAUGUAUGGCUAUUUAUUCGUCACAUGUCUUGUUUCCUCAUUGUUGAGUGUGUCCCCACAGCUUGUAAAUAUCUCUAUUUCUAUAUGUAUAAUCUAUAUGCAAUAAAGUUUGUUACCCAAUGUGCCGUCCGCA